AUGAACUUCAAAUGGACAAGUGCAGCUUUAUUUUUACUAUUUGGAAUUGCUUGGAUACUACUUAUAGUAUCAUUUAACACCUAUUGGUAUCGUAUUCAAGAUGGAGAGGACGAUGAUAUUAUAGAAGUUUUUUUUUCCUAUAACCAUGUCAAUAUUGUCUACCAUGGUGAUAUUUAUGAUUAUGUUCAUAGGGGUAUUCAUUUCAUGGAAGUAAUCGAGAGCUAUCAUUAUAAUUUUCCAAGAAUAUUAAAAAUAUGUUUUGGGUUUGCAAUAGCCGCUUGGUUGAGUGUCAGCUUGACAUUGUUGUUUAUCAUACUUUCGUUGGCGGGUAUUCUCGCCAAAAUCCCAUUGCCAUUGCCAACCAUCACAAAGAUCGUCCUUCCAGUGGUCUCCCUAUUAUUGUGUUUGGCGUCAAUGUGUACCUUUUUCGCUUCGAGCAAAGCUCGUUUAGAUACUAGCCAAUAUUUACUCGUUAAAUUAUUUCCUGUUUCCUAUAGUGAUUGUGGUACUGUUUAUAAUUGUAGUCAUGAAAAAUUCACAUUUGUCUUUGACAAUCAAUAUGGAAAAGGUGGACCAUACACUGGAUGGGCUGUCGUGGUAGGGAGUUUUAUUGUGAAGAAUGUAAAGAACAUUUAG